CUUGUAGCGGGUGUCGGCGAGCAGAAUGAGAGAGAACACCAAAUAGAACAAAAGCCGGUGGGACCUUGUAACCAGCCAAAGCACACUGCAGAUCACUACAAGAUUCAGGGCCAUUCGAACAGAAACAGUUGCAGAUUGCAGUCAGGUGGUGAUCCCUUUGGAGUGCCCUCUGAAAAAUAUAGCUUUGCCGAAUUAAUUCCUGCAUCAUGUAAUCAGAAUACACAUUCCAGUAGAAAGUUGAGCAAGGAAUAUACUUUUCGAUAUGACCGUGUUUCAGAUAAAAUGCGACCGUUUCCAUUUAAGCUUCGUACUACUGCUCUAGGCGAACGCCAACUACCAGAGGUUACACGAAGGGCGAUGGGAUCGGUGGAGUGUCCAGUGUUUCGUGGCAAUGCCAGCUUCGUCUGCAACACGAGCCAGCAAAACGUGUGGGGAGGACGCCUGCUUCCCCUCCCUUACUCGCCUCGAAGUACCGCGGCUAUCGCCACUGCCAUCAGCUUUAUCAUCGUGUUCACAAUCAUUGGGAAUAUACUGGUCAUCAUUGCUGUCCUGACCAGCAGAUCGUUGCAAGCCCCCCAGAAUCUCUUCCUGGUCUCCCUGGCUGCCGCGGAUAUCUUGGUGGCCACGCUGGUCAUGCCCUUUUCUUUGGCCAACGAACUGAUGGGUUACUGGUACUUCAAGAAGAUUUGGUGCGAAGUUUAUCUGGCGUUAGAUGUCUUGUUCUGCACUUCCUCGAUUGUCCACCUCUGUGCGAUAAGCCUAGACAGAUACUGGUCAGUUACCCAAGCCAUCCAGUACAAUUCCAAGCGAACACCGAGGAGAAUCCGCUGUGUGAUUCUGACAGUCUGGCUCAUUGCUGCAGUUAUUUCCUUUCCGCCUCUCAUCUCCAUGAACAAAAACCUUGGCGAAAACGAGAUCCCCGUGUGUAGUCUGAAUGACGAGAAGUGGUACAUCUUGUCUUCGUGUAUCGGCUCUUUCUUCGCUCCCUGUGUCAUCAUGAUUCUGGUUUACAUAAGGAUCUACCAGGUGGCCAAACAGAGAACAAGGCAGCCUCCCGGCAGCAGACAGCCAAAGCAAGGCGCAUCCUUCCGUCCCAAUUGGCCGGAGAGGGAGACCAAACCCAAGGUAGCGGACAAAGCUCCGUCCUCGGGUCACGGAGGACGUUGCAGUGAACAGAAGGCGCAUAAAAGCGAUGGUCAGCUCGGUUCCACCAAACUGCUCCAUCAGGAUGAGAGCUACUCGACUUCCAAAAGGGAAGGAGAGCACUCUGUGGGGCGAGAGAAGCCUUGGACGCCAAGUACAAUCAGGAGGAAAGCCACCCAGAACAGAGAGAAACGCUUCACUUUUGUUUUAUCUGUCGUCAUUGGUGUUUUUGUUCUCUGCUGGUUCCCGUUUUUCUUCUCCUACAGUCUGACUGCCAUCUGCCCAGCCACAUGCUCUGUGCCACCUGCCAUCUUCAAAUUCUUCUUCUGGAUCGGCUAUUGCAAUAGUUCCCUUAACCCGGUUAUUUACACCAUAUUCAACCAGGAUUUCCGAAUGGCUUUUAAAAAGAUCCUUUGCCGAGAACAGAAAAGAUCUGUCUACACAGUCUAGUCCGCCGGUUUCAGGCCGCAUAGUCGGUGCCCGGACAGUGAGAAGUUUAUUUCAAACUAAAGUUUUGCAAAUGAAUGGGCAUGUGACUGUAUGAAUGUCUCUUCACGACUGAUGUUAUUUUGAAUUAACGAAAUAAAUGGUCUGCUGUUGAAA